AUGCUCAUACCUUCAGGAAGACGCUUUGUCUUAUUCCCAAUACAAUAUAACGAAAUUUGGCAGAUGUACAAGAAAGCCCAGGCUUCGUUUUGGACGUCCGAAGAGAUCGAUAUGUCCAAAGAUAUCUUCGACUGGAACAAUAACCUGAAUGAUAACGAACGCCAUUUCAUAUCAUAUGUCCUGGCAUUUUUUGCCGCUUCCGACGGUAUUGUCAACGAGAAUCUGGUGGAGCGGUUUUCGAGCGAAGUACAAGCCGCUGAAGUCCGCUGUUUUUAUGGAUUCCAGAUCAUGAUGGAAAACAUUCACUCGGAAACAUACUCUCUCCUCAUCGAUACCUACAUUUCUGACUCUCAGCAGCGUGACUUCCUCUUCAAUUCGAUCGAGACUAUACCAUGCGUCAAGCAGAAGACCGAGUGGGCCCUCAGGUGGAUCUCUGAUCAACGAUCGACGUUUGCCACGAGGUUGGUGGCGUUCGCAGCGGUAGAAGGGAUCUUCUUCUCCGGAUCUUUUGCUUCAAUCUUCUGGCUGAAGAAACGAGGUCUCAUGCCUGGUUUAACCUUUUCUAACGAACUGAUUAGUCGGGACGAAGGGAUGCACACAGAUUUUGCCUGUCUCUUGUUCAGUCAUCUUCAGAGACGGCCACAUUCUGACACAGUUCUCAGUAUCAUAACCGAAGCUGUCAAGAUAGAGCAAGGUUUCUUGACCGAUGCUCUUCCUGUUGGACUCAUCGGAAUGAAUGCCGCCCUGAUGCGUCAAUACAUAGAAUUUGUCGCUGAUCGCCUGCUUGUCUCUCUUGGAAACUCCAAGCAUUAUAAUUCCACCAAUCCAUUCGAAUUCAUGGAAAUGAUUUCCCUUCAGGGAAAGACCAACUUCUUUGAGAAACGGGUCUCCGAUUAUUCCAAAGCGCAUGUAGCAUCGACCCCAGAGAGACACAGCUCUCGAAUAUUACUCGUACAUAAUGCCGCGAUUCCAUACGACUCUCAUAUCUUACUGCUCAAGAAGACCCACUAA